GAGACAGAGAGAUCGGUGUUGCUCGCCACUCUUCCGAACUUUCUCGCUCCAGGUGCGCGCGUUCUCCCUCCACCCCAAACUUCUCUCCAGAGAACCAAGCGAUGCCGAGACUGGGGGAACCGUGUCAAGCGAUGGCUGCGUGACCCGGCGUCAACUCUUCCGAACACACACGCGUGGAUCAGGCGUCCACGUCCCCCCGCGAAGCCCGCCAGCAUGACUCUGUCCGGCAGAGUCCACUCGUCCCGAGCGCACAUGGGACUUUAAAGUCCACCCGUCCGUGGAGCAGUGGGCGAGAGCGCGCGUCGUGAAGCAGGUUUGAAGCGUGGACGUGCGGGGAGACGAUGCGAGCGCUGACCACCGUGGGAGCCUUCGUCCAUUCCUGUCUGAUCCUGCUGGUCCGAGCAGAUCAGUGGAGGAUGCGGGACAACUGCGAGCUCAGCAAGAGACAAACAGACUUAAACUCCUUCCUGUGGACCAUCAAAAGAGACCCUCCUUCCUAUUUCUACGGAACCAUCCAUGUCCCCUACACUCGUGUGUGGGACUUCAUCCCAGAAAACUCCAAGCAGGCCUUCCAGGAGAGCAACAUUGUGUACUUUGAGCUGGACCUGACCGAUCCAUACACUAUCUCGGCCCUGACCAGCUGCCAGCUUCUUCCCCAGGGCGAGAAUCUUCAAGACGUCCUCCCGCGGGACAUUUACAGGAGGCUUAAAAGACACCUGGAGUACGUCAAGCUCAUGAUGCCUUCGUGGAUGACCCCGGAUCAGAGAGGGAAGGGACUCUAUGCGGACUAUCUCUUCAAUGCGAUUGCUGGGAAUUGGGAAAGGAAGCGACCGGUUUGGGUCAUGCUAAUGGUAAACUCUCUGACGGAAGCAGACAUUAAGACAAGAGGAGUGCCGGUGCUGGACUUGUACUUGGCACAGGAGGCUGAAAGAAUGAGGAAGAGGACGGGAGCUGUGGAGAAGGUGGAGGAACAGUGCCAUCCACUGAACGGUCUGAAUUUUUCCCAGGUGAUAUUUGCACUGAACCAGACGCUGCUGCAGCAGGAGUCAUUAAGAGCAGGAAGUCUACAGGUCCCAUACACCACUGAAGACCUCAUCAGGCACUACAACUGCGGAGACCUUAACUCCAUCAUCUUCAACCAUGACACUUCCCAGGUCCCAAACUUUAAUAAUGUGACAUUGCCACCCAGCGAGCAGGUGACUGCACAGGAAAUCGAUAGCUACUUUCGGCAAGAGCUCAUCUACAAGAGGAACGAGCGGAUGGGGAAGAGGGUCAAGGCUCUCCUGGAGGAACAUCCGGACAAGAGCUUCUUCUUUGCAUUUGGUGCAGGCCACUUUCUUGGCAACAACACAGUCAUUGAUGUGCUCCGUCGCCAAGGUUACGAGGUCGAGCACACUCCUGCUGGGCAGCCCAUUAACAGGAGAGCAUCCUUCAGACCUUCCUUCCCAGAGUCCGAGGACCACCUCCAUGACUUGCCUCUUCUGGAGCCAUUCUACCACGAGCUUCCCCACAAAGAAGAUGACCAAAGACGUCCACUGGAGGACGACGACUCCCUGCCCCACAUGCUCCUGCCGGCUGACAGUUUGGAGCUGCUGGAGAAGGCAGAGAGGAAAAUGAUGAAGAAAAAGAGGAGGAACAAACAGAAGAAGCAGCGGCACAGGCAUUUUAACGACCUGUGGGUUCGAAUAGAGGAGAGUGUCGUCGCCCAGUCUCCACCUCCUCCUCAGGUUCGGAUCAUAAAUGGCUACAUCACUGUGCAACCUCCGGACAGAGUCUACAACCACUUCGACAGUCAGGACUUGCCUUCGUCGUCCACCUCGCCAUCCUCCUCGCCACUCUUUCUCUGCCUGUUGCUGACUGUUGUUCAGCAGUUGAGGACUCACUUCCUGCCUUAGAGAGGCCAAUUCAAUGAACAGCCUAUUUGUGACGGAUCAUUUCAAGUGAUGGUGCGUUUAAGUGGCCGCGCGGAGAUUGUGAAUCUCGACAUCGGCUCGCGAGGCGUGGAGAAAGUGCGAGCUCAAGCUGAGCUGUCAGGUGAUUGAUAAUCUCCGUGAAUGUUCCUGUUAAGCUCAUAUAACGGGAUAUUAAAGGGUUUCCACCCAGAAUAAAUAGGAAACAGCAGGAACAAGAACUCACCGUGAAAUGAGAGCAGCCAAGCAAGAUGUGACAUCUUCCUCGCAGGUAUUUGCCAUUGUGGGCUUUGCAGUACACAAACUGAGCUGCGCCGUCUCACCACAAGUGCAUCCUUAUUUGCCCGACUUUAUUCUUCAAUUUUGGAAGAAUGUGCUGUUACACCUCCUACAUCAGGACUAACUUGUGUACAUAGUGUUUAUAUACCAUAGAUGUAUUUUAGAGAAUGAACUGAAUGACACUUUUUUAUCGUUGUUUAUAUGAAUAUAUAAAUAGAUAUGCAGUAUAUUUUGGAAAGAAUAUCAGGAACUAACCACCGUCGUCCACGUUGCUGUGACGAUAUUGUACUUCAUGUAUCAGUGUUACUCGUUGGCUUCAUGUGUUUUGUGCAGAAAGAGUUUAUGUGUGUGCGAAUAUUCCGCGUAUAGAUUAUUUGUUUAAUUUAUUUAACUGCAAUAGUUUCAUAUCGGUCACCGUCUAGAUUGAAAAUGAAGCACACCGUUCAGGCGCAGACUGUAAUAGUUUCACCAUAGCAACAAUAAAAUA